AUGGGCGCCAUGGUGGACACGCUCCCCGCCAAGGAGCAGGCCGAGUGGAACACUGUUCUGGACGGUGAGAUGGAGGCUGCCUUCAAGCGGCUGGGAGCUGGGCUCCAGACCGAGGACGUGCAGCUGGCGGCGAAGGCCCCCGCUGCGCAGAAGUCCUCGAACUUCAGCCGCACACUCCUGGCCUUUGUCGUGAGCUUUAGCAUGCCUGUGGCUGGCAUGUACGUCUACCGUGCCAUCAAGCAGGUGCCUGGCACCGACCUUGACGCGCGAUUCCUCGCUGCGGACGGCGAAGCGUGA